ACGAGAAAGGAAGUAGCGACAGGCUAGCUGGUUAGCCGGUCUGAAUCCACACACAGUCUGUCCGGAAAGAGUGAACUUGAAAGGAACAUUUUUUUUUUAUCCGGGCGGCUGUUUUUUCCUUGGUUUAAUAACAGCGUGUGAGCAGACUGCGGGUUAUUUGUCGAUACGUUUUAUUUUCUCUCUGCCGCGGUUUCAGACCCAACUGUGAGCUUUGUCUGCCUGUCUGGGGCGCCUCCGUUGUUAGCCUGGUCGGUUUCAAAACAGUCUUGGGUUUAUUCAAAGACAAACCUCCCCCCCUCACCAAUCCGUAUCCCUGCGAUUUGUUCAUCAUUAUUUCACCAGUGGGUUGAAUCGUGGAAGAUGCAGUUAAGGAUUACACCAAGACAAUGAGAAAAACAGCCGGGAAAGGUGCUGCGUGGUGAGAGGGAAGCAGUGAGUGCGGCAUGCUGAGGCCACUCCCCCUGGCUCAGGAUGAGUGUCAGAGAUGGCGCUGCCACCAUGGCAACGAAUGCAGGUGGAGGAGGGGGGGGAGGUGGGCCAGCUAGCCCUAACGACCAUGAUGGCCGCUCGUACAUGCUUCAGAUCUACACACGGCUUGCAGCACAAUCCUCCGCCUGCUGCAGCCUAAGGGUGCAUAAGGAUGCAACAGCAGCCUCUGUGAUCUCAGAUGCUGCCAUGGCACUGGGGCUGGACCCUGGCCGCAUGUAUGUGCUGGCAGAGGUAAAGGAAUGUGGCGGGGAAGAGUGGGUGCUAGAGGCCGGAGACCUUCCAGCACAGAGGUUUCUGCUGUGGCCCCGGAAAGCCCAGGAGCAACACCCUCAGAGCCUCGGCUUUUACUUCCUACUACAGGAGAGGAACCAUGAUGGCUCUAUCCAUUACGUUCAUCUCCCAUCUGUGUCUAAGGAGCAGGAGGUGCAGCGGCUAGCCGCCAGGGGCUUCCUCCCCCCUCCGCAGGACGACUUUGCAGACCUCUGCAACCUUCCCAUCCUCAAUGAGGACAGCAUAUUAAACAACCUGCGCACACGCUUUUACAAGAAAAAGAUCUACACCUAUGCAGGCAGCAUCCUCAUCGCCAUCAACCCCUUCAAGUUCCUGCCCAUCUACAACCCCAAGUAUGUGAAGAUGUAUGAGAACCACCAGCUGGGCAAACUGGAGCCUCACAUUUUUGCUAUCGCAGAUGUGGCAUACUAUGCUAUGCUCAGAAAGAGGGUCAACCAGUGUAUCGUCAUCUCUGGCGAAAGUGGCUCAGGCAAGACCCAGAGCACCAACUUCCUGAUCCACUGUCUGACUGCACUCAGCCAGAAGGGCUACGCCAGCGGAGUGGAGAGGACAAUACUGGGAGCUGGACCGGUCUUAGAAGCCUUUGGAAAUGCCAAGACAGCCCACAACAACAACUCUAGCCGCUUCGGUAAAUUCAUCCAGGUGAAUUACCUGGAGAGUGGAGUGGUAAGAGGGGCUGUGGUGGAGAAGUAUCUCCUGGAGAAGUCUCGUCUGGUCUCCAGAGAGAAGAACGAGAGGAACUACCACGUGUUUUACUACCUGUUGUUGGGAGCUUCAGAGGAAGAGAGGAAGGAGUUCAAGUUGUUGCCACCUGAAGAAUACUUCUACCUCAAGCAGCAAAACUUUAAGAUUGAAGAUGAGGAAGACCUGCGCCAUGAUUUUGAAAGGCUGCAGCAGGCAAUGGAGAUGGUUGGCUUCCUCCCCGCCACCAAGAAACAGAUCUUCUCUGUGCUUUCUGCCAUCUUGUAUCUGGGCAACGUGACCUACAGGAGAAAGUCAACAGGCAGAGAUGAGGGGUUGGAUGUGGGACCACCAGAGGUCCUGGCCACACUCUCUGACCUGCUAAAGGUUAAAGAGGAACUGCUGGUUGAGGCUCUGACAAAGAGGAAAACAGUGACAGUCAAUGACAAGCUGAUUCUCCCCUACAGCCACUCAGAGGCUAUCACUGCCAGAGACUCCAUGGCCAAAUCUCUGUACAGCGCCUUGUUUGACUGGAUCGUGUUGCGCAUCAAUCACGCUCUGCUUAACAAGAAAGAUAUGGAGGAACAUGUUCCAUGCUUGUCCAUUGGUGUUUUGGACAUUUUUGGCUUUGAGGACUUUGAGACCAACAGCUUCGAGCAGUUCUGCAUCAACUAUGCAAAUGAGCAGCUGCAAUAUUAUUUCAACCAUCACAUCUUCAAUCUGGAGCAGGAGGAGUACCAAGCAGAGGGAAUCACCUGGCACAACAUCGACUACACUGACAACGUGGGCUGCAUCCACCUCAUCAGCAAGAAACCAACUGGUCUGCUCUACCUGUUGGAUGAGGAGAGCAACUUUCCCCAUGCGACAGAUGAAACAUUAUUAGCCAAAUUCAAGCAGCAGCACCAGGGCAACAUGUACUUUGUCCCCACACCGGUCAUGGAGCCCGCCUUUGUCAUUCGACACUUUGCUGGGAAAGUAAAAUAUCAAAUCAAGGAUUUUCGGGAGAAGAACACAGACCACAUGCGUCCAGACAUCGUGGCGUUGCUGCGGAGCAGCGACCGUGCAUUUGUGCGCCAGCUCAUUGGUAUGGACCCAGUGGCCAUGUUUCGAUGGGGCAUCCUGCGCGCCACCGUCAGAGGAAUUGCUGCUUUUAAUGAUUCCGGCCGUACCUGGGCUGCAAAGACGUCAGGUGUUGUCCGUCCGAUUUCAAGAACUCCUUUAGGAGAGCUUCAGCGAUCCAAUGCUCCAGUGGACAGAAUGUAUAAACGAGCGUCUAUGCUCGAUUUCUACUUUGAUCACUCAGAAGAGCGCCCUCUAGAGGCCUUUGAAGACAUCUUUGCUAGCUAUGAGAGUAAGAAAGACAUGCAUGCAGAAAUCAUCAGCUCCAUUAAGAACUUGCAGCUGGAUGGUGAGGACCCUCGCAAGCUGCUGCAGUCCUGGGGUCGCCUCAGCUUCCCUCGACACGUCCUUCAGAAAAACAAGAACACAAAACAGAGGCAGGUCAUCCCCAAGAGUUUGCUGGAUUCCCGUUCUCUGAAGUUCAUUGUGAGCCUGACUCUGCAUGAUCGCACCACCAAGUCUCUGCUCCACCUGCACAAAAAGAAGAAGCCUCCAAGCAUAAGUGCCCAGUUCCAGACAUCCCUCACAAAACUCCUGGAGACUCUGAACAGAGCCGAGCCUUAUUUCAUUCGUUGUAUUCGCUCUAACGCUCAGAAGAAGGAGAUGUACCUGGAUGAGGCUCUGGUUGUUCAGCAGCUGAGAUACACAGGAAUGCUGGAAACUGUUCGCAUCAGGAGGUCAGGCUAUGGAGCCAAGUACACAUUCCAGGAGUUCAUUGAGCAGUUCAGGGUUUUGCUGCCAAAAAAUGCAGCUGCCUCUAAAGAGGACAUCUCAGCACUGCUCGAUACAAAGAUGGGCCUGGACCCCACCACGUUCCAGAUUGGCAAAACAAAGGUGUUCUUGAAGGAGCUGGAGCGGCAGCAGCUGCAGGACACGCUGCACAAGGAUGUGAUGCGCAAGAUCAUUUACCUUCAGCGCUGGUUCAGAGCUCACCUGCUGAGAAAGGAUUUUCUGGAUAUGAGACAAGCAGCCAUCUUGAUUCAGCAUUCUUGGCGCAGGUACUGCAAAGAAGAGAAAAGGCGAUGGGCAGCCACUCUGAUCCAGGCUUUGUGGAGAGGACACAGACAGAGAACAGAGUACAAGCUCCAAAGACAGGGUGUCACCAAAAUACAAGCCCUGGUCAGAGGACACUCAGCACGCAGAAGGUGCCAGUCCAUGCGUGAGGAGAAAAUAGAAGCUCAAAUAAGGGCAGAAGAAGAGGAAAGAAGGAGAAGGGAAGAAGAGGAGGAGGCCAGAAGAAAAGUAGAGGAGGAGGAGGAGGAGGAAAGGAGGAGGAUGGAGGAGGAAGCUAGAAGAAAGGCCGAAGAGGAGGAAGCCAGGAGACAAGCAGAGGAAGAGGAGGCCACCAGGAAAGCGCAGGAGGCUUUGGAAAAGAGAGAGGAAGCAGAGGAAAAACCUGGGAGUGAGCCUCAAACCCGAGAGGAUCCCGAUAUCGAGCUGGUCACAGAGGAGAUGCUGGAUGAAAACGUCUCUGUCCAUGAGAUAGAGGACGACAGAGAGGUUAAUACUAGCUCAAACACAGAGGAGGAACAGGGUAAGAAGGAAGAGCUGGAUAAGGAAUUACAUGCAGAGACAAACGGUACCCUGGCUGAGGCUGGACCUCAGCUGGAUGAAAAAGAGGAAGAUGAGGAUUUGAGGAACGAAACACUAGAACAGUCAGCUUCACAACAAGCUCUUGCCUCUGAUAGCGACACCUCUGACGCACUUAAACUCACGUCGCCUGACGACAGGCCUCGGAGCGAUACCUCCACACCUCCCAAUGCUGAACAAAAGGGGACACAGCCUCCGGCUGUCCACAGGGGCAAUUCAUCCAGGAGUCAGGAGAAGAGAGAGCAGAGGAGACAAAGAGGGCUCGAGCACAAUCAGAGAGAAACCGAACGGGCCUCCUCCUCUUCAGCAAGCACCAAGGAUCAAACCUCCCAGACCAAAAGCAAAAGCCAGGAGGCCUCCAAGCUCAAAGAGCGGGCAGAUAGCAAGGAGCUGGACCAGUACACAUUUGGCUGGAAGAUGAAGGAGGACAAAGGAGGGAAGAAGGAGACAAAAGCCUCUCCUGCUCCUGUUCGUCCGUCUACAUUAUCCCUGCAGCUCUCCGACCCCGUGCCUGAAAGAAACGGUUUAGGUGAAGGUGCUGGAGCUGUCAACCUGCAUCGUCGCCCUGGGGCGAUUAAGGAGAAGCCCGAGAAGUGGAAGGGAAGGAGGAGUGAUGGAGAAAUAUCUGACAGCAUCAGUCUUACCGCUCCUCAAAACAGGGAGGAUAUGAGGAAAAAACAACCCCUGAGCGAAACAGCCUCCUUAUCAUUUGACAGUAUGUCUCCGGGUUCUGAAGGAGCUGGUGCUAUUUCGGCCAGAGAGUUGAUUUCCCCGUCAGACAGCCACAGUGACGGCUCAAAGGGAGGCUCCUUCAGAAGGAAACACCACGAAGGCUCUUCUCACCCAGACUCUGCACACUCCAUCCCAUCCACACCAGACAGGUCAGGUGGUUUCUUCAGCAAAAUUUUAAAGAAACGACCACACAGGGAAGCCCAGACUCCAGACAACGGAGAAACGACGCUUGCCUCAAGUCUCAGUGAGAGAUCAACUGGAGGGGAAGGUAAAUAGAGCAAACACGGGGCUUUUCACGUCAGGCCAGCAUAUGGCGAGCGAACUGGUAAAGGUUUGGGCCGCAACCCCACCAUUAAGAUAAGUCGUGCCACACGGGUCUCUGAGCAGUGGAACGCAUCACUGGAUCGUGAAAUCACCAACGCAAACGAGCUGCGGCUCCUCGACGAGUUUCUUGGCAACCAGGUGAAUGAUUUCCGCUCCAGGGGGAAGUCGCUGUCGGCGACGGAGGCCAUCUUUGUAACUGCCACUAUGCAGUUCAGAGAGAAUAUCAAAGCCAUGUAUUCUCUCCCAAAACCCACCACUGGCUACAAAGGUCUGAUGACGAGCUACCAGACCAAAGUGAUCCACCUGGCAGGUGAAAAGCAGAAAGGAGAAGUCCAACUUGUGGUCAACCUGUUCCAGUCGGUGCUGGAUGGCUUCAUCAGGGGAGAGAUGAAGAAGGAGGAGGCUGAGCCUGCAAAGCCUGCCAAAGCUAGAAAGAAAAGAAGGAAAAAAGAUAAAAGUAUGGAGAGCCCUCUGGAUCAUAUUUUUGUCAACUAUCAGGUCAACAUUAUGCAGUCAUGUGACCAGUGCAGCUCUUACAUCUGGGGCAUGGAGAAGGCCUACAUGUGCAGCUAUUGUAAGAUGGUGUGCCACAAGAAGUGCCUCUGCAAAAUAGUCACUGACUGCACAACCUUCUGUGCCAAAAAGAGCGACGAUGACUCUGGUGGUCAGCACUUUGGGGUGCGUGUGAGUAACCUGGUGAGUGAUAAGAACCCCGUACCGAUGGUGCUUGAGAUGAUGCUGGAGCAUGUUGAAAUGCAGGGCCUCUACACUGAGGGCAUCUACCGCAAGUCUGGCUCUGCCAACCGCAUCAAAGAGCUGCACCAGCGACUGGAGACUGACCCCCACCUGGUCUGCCUCGAGGACUAUCCCAUCCACACAGUCACUGGCCUGGUGAAACAGUGGCUGAGGGAGCUGCCAGAUCCACUCAUGACCUUCACACAUUACAGUGACUUCCUUCAUUCAGUGGAACUGCCAGAAAAGCAAGAGCAGCUUCAUGCUGUAUACAAAGGGCUGGAAGAGCUUCCUCCAGCAAACUUUAACACAUUGGAGAGACUUGUCUUCCACCUUGUCAGGGUGUGUAAAGAGGAGGCUCAUAAUCGUAUGUCGCCGAACUCGCUGGCCAUAGUGUUUGCCCCGUGUAUCCUGCGCUGCCCCGAUAACGCUGACCCGCUGCUCAGCAUGAAGGAUGUUGCCAAAACAACAACGUGUGUAGAGAUGAUCAUCAAUGAGCAGAUCAGACGCUACAAUGAGAAGAUGGAAGAGAUCGAGCAGCUGGAGUACGCCGAGGCUCUGGCAGUAAACCAGCUCAAACUCAAGAGACAGAACACGCACUUCUGGCACUUACCUCUCAGGUGCUCAGCUCCUUACAAAGGAGUGGUGGUGCAUGAGAAGGUCACUUCAGAUCUCAGUGUGGUCCCUGAGAACGAGCCUCUGGACUCCGACACAGAGGCUGAGAAGAACUUGGUUGAGCGAAUCAAGUCCAUCAAACAGGAGAAAGAGGAUCUGGCCUGCAGACUACCAGAGAUGGAGCAGCCCGGCUCAGAUCAGGAGAACUUGGACUCCGAGGCCUCACUGAGCUCCGAGAGUCUUCUGGAUGAGCAGCAGCGUGCUUCUGUGCACUGCUCGGAGUCUGAAGGAAGAGCUGGCUCCCAGAGGAGAAGAUUAAGGCCGGCUUGUCCACCCAAACCACCAGACCUGUCCCAGCGCCACAAAGUCCUCGGUGGACGUGUGUCUCUGCCGAACCUCACCCCUAGUAGCUCCACCUCUUCUUUGAUCAGCUGCACUUCUUUAACCUCAGAAUCCUCCAACGCCUCUAUCAGGCACCCACUGCAACGCCGCAACCCCAUCAUCCCAGACACAGUUAAACUCCCCCCCGGUAUCCUCUCCCAGCCCACAUCCUCGAGUCCGGCUCACUCUCCUGGAAGUCGAACAUCACAGUACUCGGUCAGAAGGAGAGAGCAGCCGGGUCGCCGCAAAGACAGCACCCAGUCCCUGUACAUCGACAGCAUGAAGAGUGACCUGUUGUUGCAUUUUUCCUCCUGCCCUCCAUCCACUUCCUCCUCCUCGUCCUCCAUCGCUAAUGUAACACCUGCUCCUCAACACCAGCAUCACGGCACACAGGCCCCACAGGGCCAGAGACGUUUUUCUGACCCAGACAUACCUUGUAUGGACGAUGAUGCCUGACCAGGGAAAACACAAACGAUGCGUCUGAAGUCAUGUUGUCCUCUCUGACUGUCAAAAUAACUGGACAAAAUUUUGCCCAGCACUUUUUCUUAAAUUUUAAUAUAUCAUGGUUAACGUAAAGUAAUCCAGGUGAGACAGAGUCAUGCUUUUUGUAGCCUCAUAAUGACCGACCAGCCUUUAUGUUUCUUUCUCCUCCUGUUAAAUAGUGCAGGUUUCCAGCUGCAUUUUUCAUGACUUUUUCCUCGUAAUGAGCAAAACCUGCUCCCUGAAAAGUUAGCUAGUGCCUUGGUUAAUGUACAGUACACGUAAAAUGUUCAUUUCUCAUGUAACGUAAUGAACAGUGCUCGCAGAGGAGACGAAGGGUUAUGUGGGGAAAACAGAGGACACAUUUGUCUCGGACUUCUGUGUUCAAGACAUUUUUGAAACCAGGACCUCAACAAGCACAUUGUGACCGUUGUGUAGGUGCGUCCUCACAACAGCUGCAAAGGACGACAACUUCUCUACGACUUAAUAUUUCACCUGCUGCAUGACGGGCCCCAGAUAGGAAACAUUUCCUCACAGAGUAAAGGGAAAUGGGAGCAGCACAUGCCACUUUUUCUUUAGAAACAUCAAAAACACAAACCCAGCAACAGCCGUGCCACGAUGUCUCGAACAAACUGAAAUCCAUGAACCCACCUCACCUUUUUUUCUAUAACAGACUUGGCUCCACUCAGCUGUAUUGCACCUGUCAUUGAGAGUUACCAGUCCCAGAAUGAGCCGGUUCUGCUGGAGCACAGCUUUAGCCUACUUUGUAUGAAAUGUAAUACUAAUGUUCCUCUCUGACUGCUGAUGAAUGAUAUUUGCUAGUUUGUCUGGGUUAUUAUGAGGACGAUGUUUUGAUGUGUAACGUGUAAACAGAGAGUAUAUGGUUUGGACUGAAUGACGUGAACUGUAAUGGUUAUUAGUAUUAACUUGAUAAUACAGAAGGUGAUGCUUGUAACAUGCGCUUCUGUGUGUUUCGAUCAGGUGCAGAAAAAAAACAUUUCCCGAGUUUUGAUACCACUUGACGCAGUUUGAUGAAGAAGAUGAUGAGUAAUUCACUAAAGAACAUGGUGUUUUUGUAAACUAUGAACCAUGAGAGUUUAUUAAUAACUUCUCCAUUAAAAGUUUCUCAUGAAAAAAAGGAAGUUGGAGAUCAGACAAAACAAGUCUGUUUAGAAAUGUGUAGGGAGACAAAUAAAAGAACCCUGAUGGGUCAAUGCUCACAUCUAAGUGGAGUAAUAAA